AUGCAGGAAGUCAUUUCCACUCCCAAGGGCCUGGGAGGAGGCCUGGGAGGAGGCCAUGCAGCGAAGCAGGGCCCGCCUCACUCUCUCAAGCCCACACAGGUGAACUGCUGUCGGUCUGGAAUGCACCGAAGGCAGGGCGACGUAGUCACAACUGGAUCCGUGGACUUUGGAGCACAGAAAGGGGCGAUGGGAAGAUGGGCCUUACGUCUCUCUUUGGCUCUGGGCAUUUGGAGCUCUCUGUUCACCUGCUCUUCAGCCAACGUGAACUACUGUUUUUCCGCCAGAGCCCAAAGCUGCUCUGAGUGUCUUCAGGCUGGAGUGGGCUGUGCGUACUGCUCCGAUGAGACUUACCUCGGACCUCGCUGUGACACCUACAAGAACAUCUUGGCCCAGGGCUGCACCGCUGCGGCGGUCAUCAAGGAGUCCAGCUCCAUGUCCAUCGACACGAGAGAGAGCAUCAACGUCAAGGAUGCAAAGUCCCAGGUGACGCCACAGAAGGUGACCAUGAGCUUCCUGCCCGGAGAGGAGCGGCUGCUGGACGUGGAGGUCUUUGCUCCGCUCAAAGGUCCUCUGGAUCUGUACAUCCUCAUGGACUUCUCCAACUCCAUGGCCGACGAUCUGGACAACCUGAAGAAGAUGGGCUCGGAGCUGGCCAAGGUGGUGGGAGACCUUUCAGAUGAUUACACCAUCGGCUUUGGGAAGUUUGUGGACAAAGUGGUCGAGCCCCAGACGGACAUGAGACCUUCAAAACUUGCCCAGCCUUGGCCCGACAGCGACCCUCCCUUCUCCUUUAAAAACGUCAUUAAGUUGACAAGCAACAAGGACUUCUACAACAGUGAGCUGGAGAAGGAGAGAAUCUCUGGGAACCUGGACGCUCCGGAGGGCGGCUUCGACGCCAUUCUGCAGGCCGCCGUCUGUACGAGUCAGAUCGGAUGGCGUCCUCUCAGCACUCACCUCCUGGUCUUCUCCACCGAGUCGGCCUUCCACUACGAGUCCGACGGGAUCAACGUCCUGGCGGGGAUCCUGAAGCGGAACGACGAGGCCUGCCACCUGGACCCCUCUGGGAAGUACACCCAUGACACGGCUCAGGACUACCCCUCGGUGCCCACGCUGGUGCGGCUGCUGCGGGACCACAACAUCAUCCCCAUCUUUGCCGUCACCAACCACUCCUACAUCUACUACCAGAAAUUGAAGGAGUAUUUCCCGAUCGCUGAGGUGGGGCUGCUGCAGGAGGACUCCAGUAACAUGCUGCAGCUGCUGACCGCUGCCUUUGAGAGCAUCAGGAGUAAAAUGAGCAUCCACGCAGAGAAGCCCAAAGCCUUCGCAGCCGCUGAGUUCAUGAAGACCAGCGGAGAGAUCGCACAGUACGGAAACUUUGACUUCAAACCGGGGAAGAUCGGCAAGUUCCAGAUGCGGCUCAAAGCCCGGCGCAGCGUGGACGAGGAGCCGGUGUGUCAGACGGGCCCCAACAUCAGGGAGGGAGAGGUCAAGGUCAAACCCACCACUUUCCACGAGGGCGUGACCAUCCAGGCCUCCGUCCUCUGCCCCACCUGCGACUGCGAGAAGUCGUCCUCGGUUGCCUCCCCCAGGUGUCAUGGGAACGGGGACCUGGUGUGUGGGAAGUGCAAGUGCUACAACGGCUGGCUGGGCACGUACUGUAACUGCUCGGCCACUGCCUCGGCUCUGGACACCAGCCAGUGCAUCGGGCCCAGCAUGACCGAGCCCUGCAACGGCCGCGGGGACUGCCUCGCCUGCGGACAGUGCGUGUGCCAUAACCCCGACCAGUACGAGGGCCCCUUCUGCCAGUUCGACAAAACUCAGUGCUCCCGCCACGGAGGGUUCCUGUGCAACGACCGUGGCUCCUGCAGCAUGGGCCGCUGUGUGUGCAGCGAGGGCUGGGAGGGGAACGCCUGCGAGUGCUCCAACAGCAACUCCACCUGCCUGGACUCCAACGGGGGCAUCUGUAACGGACAAGGGAAGUGCGUGUGCGGCCUCUGUACGUGUCCCAACACGGAGCUCGGCCUGACGUCCACGUGUGAGGCGGACUUCCAGGGGCAACUCGGAGCGUGUGAGGCCACCAAAACUUGUGCUCAGUGUCAGGCCUGGAAAACUGGAGAGAAGAAGGAGGAAGCAGAAUGUAACCAGUGCCCCUUCAAAAUAGUCAAAGUGGAUAAGCUCAAAGAAGGCAAAACGGUGCUGGAGUCCUGCAGUUUCCGCGAUGAAGAAGACGACUGUACUUACUACUACACUGUUGGCAACUCCAAGACGGCUGUAAAGGGAUUGGAAGUCCAAGUGCUGGAGAAGAAAGAGUGUCCCCCGGUGAGCCUGCUGUGGCUGUUGCCCCUGCUGCUCUUCCUGCUGCUGCUGCUGGCUCUGCUGCUGCUGUGCUGCUGGAGGUACUGCGGCUGGUGCAAAAGCUGCUGCGGGGGUUGCCUUGCUUUGCUCCCAUGCUGCAAAAAAGGUCGCAUGGUCGGCUUCAAAGAGGACCAUCUGGCGUUCCAUCAGUCGCAGGUGGCGGCGGCGAACCACCUGGACACUCCCAUGGUGCGGACCGGGCCACUCAAAGGCACUGAUGUGGUCCGCUGGAAGGUCACGGACAAUGUGCAUCACAACCAGAACCACUCCCUGGCCUGGCUCAAGGCCAACACCAGAGAGACCAUCCCGUUCCCGCUGUCCCUGCGGCUCAACAGGCAGUUCUCAGAAGACCUCACUUACCCCGACUCUAAAGACGCCGAGCAGCUCCGCAAAGACGUGAACGACAGCUUGAAUGAAGUUUACAAACAAAUCCCCGGGGUCCAGAAAGUGCAGAAGACCACGUUCAGAAAACAGAAAAAUGCAGGAAAAAGACAAGAGAACGUCAUCAUGGACACGGUGCUGGCGGCUCCUCGCGACAGUUACCCCGACAUCGUCAAAGUGACCGAGAGGAAUGUUCAGUCUGGAAACUUCCACAACCUCCGAGUGCUGCCGGGAUACUACACUGUGGCCACGGACAGCGAGGCGACUGGGGUGGUGGAGUUCCAGGAGGGGGUGGAGUCCCUGGAUGUGCACGUGCCUUUGUUCGUGAAGGACCAGGACGAUGACGAGAAGAAGCUGCUGGUUGAGGCCCUGGAGGUCCCUCUGGGCAUCGCUGAGAUCGGAAAGAAGUUUGUCAACAUCACCAUCACCAAGGACCACGCCCCCAGUGUGUUCUCCUUCCUCCAGGACAACUACACCUACAGCAGGAGCGAGGGAGUGGCCAACAUCCCCAUCGUCCGGGAGAUCAGAGAGGACGGGCGCGCUCAGGUCUCCUACCGCUCCCUGGAUCACACCGCCAAAGACAACAAGGACUACAUCUCGGUGGGAGGAGAUCUGACCUACGCUCCUGGAGAGACCCAGAAGAUGGUCCCGGUGCGUCUGCUGGAGCUGUCGGAGAGAGACGGCCUCCUGGAAGACAAGCAGGUCCGGAAGUUCUACAUGGACCUGAUGAACCCACAGCAGGGGGCCAAGCUGGGCCGCUACCCCAGGACCACCGUGACCAUCGCAGAUUUACCCGAAUCCAGCCAGGUGAUGUUCAAGAGCCCCAGCCACAGCUUCUCCACCUCAGACCCGCUCUACAAGAUCCCCGUGAUCCGCACUCAAAACCCGGGGACUCCGGCGACGGUGAGGUGGAGAACCAAGGACGCCCAGCGCUUCGACCUGACGGGAACGCUCAAGUUCGACCCCAAAGAGACCGAGAAAAACAUUGUGAUCAACCCCAAAACCUACCCUGGUCCAGUCAGGCCCGAGAAGUUCCAACUGGAGCUGUACGAUCCUGGCAACAACGCUUCGCUGGGAGAGAGGAGAGCGACCACCGUGAACGUCACUGAUGGAGCUCCUGAGAUUGACCAGACCCAGACCAUGGGCUUCAUCAACCAGAUGGCCACCUCUCCUGGGGGCCACGCCAGGGCUCCUGGGAACCCAAGAGCGAAGACCACAGGACCCCGGACCAUCCGGCUGAACUGGGACCCUCCAGCGGGAAACCCCAAAGGCUACAAGGUGAAGUACUGGAUCUACGGAGACUCAGAGAAGGACGCCACCGUGCUGGACGUGAAGAGCCCCCAGGCCGAGCUCACUAACCUCUACCCCUACUGCGACUACGAGAUGAAAGUGUGCGCCUACAACGCCCUGGGCGAUGGUUACGACACUGAAAUGGUGGCCUGCCAGACUCUGGAAGACGCGCCCGGAGAACCAGGACGUCUUGCCUUUAAUGUGAUCAGCCCCACAGUGACUCAGGUGAGCUGGGCGGAGCCUGCGGAAACCAACGGCAACAUCACGGCCUACGAGGUCAUCUACACACCCAUCAAUGAUGAUCUGAAGCCCAUGGGAGCAGCCAAGAAGGUGAGCAUUGAUAACCCUAAGAAGCGCAUGCUGCUGAUUGAGAACCUGCAGAGCGCUCAGACGUAUCAGUACAAAGUCCGAGCCAAGAACAAAGUGGGCUGGGGCCCCUUCAAAGACGCCACCAUCAACUUAGCCUCGCAGCCGGCCAGACCCAUGUCCAUCCCCAUCAUCCCUGACAUCCCCAUCGUGGACGCGGAGGCAGGAGAUGAGUACGACAGUUACCUCAUGUACAGCAACGAGGUCCUCAGGUCUCCAAGCGGCUCCAAGACCCCCAGUGUCUCUGGUGAAGAUUCCAUGUUGAACGGGAACUUCCUCUUCCCUGGAAGCACACCAAACCGCAGCUUUUCAUCCUCCUCGUCUCCCAUGGGAACCUUGAACUCCAGCUAUCGUGUGGGCGGGGGCUCCUACACCUCCGAGACCAAGAGCACAUACCUGACAGGACCAGGAGGAACCCGUCGGACUGAGCUGACGGGAGGAGGCGGGCUCAGUGGGAUCUCCUCCACAGACGUCACCAUGAGGAAGCGCUCCGAGAUGAGGACCUACACCGAGGAGAACAUCCGGGACUCCAUCGUCAUGGGAGAGCUGUCCAGCAACUUCCCCGACUUGGGUGGCUUCGGCAUGUCGGGGACUCAGAGCAGCUCUCAGUUCAGCUACGAUGUGACAUCAUCGGGGAUGCAGGCCGGGAGUGAGUCCGCUGAGGUGGGCCGGGCGCUCUACAGCCUGGACCGGGUACUGCAGGAUGCCCGGUCUCCAGGGGUCCCUGACACUCCCAGCAGACUGGUGUUCUCCGCACUGGGCCCCACAGCGCUCAAAGUCAGCUGGCAGGAGCCUCACUGUGACAAGGACAUCCAGGGCUACUGUGUUCUCUACCAGCUGCUGAAUGGAGGUGAGGUGAAGCGGCUGAACGUAACGAACCCGGCAGAGAACUCUGUGGUCGUCCAGGACCUGCUCCCGAACCAGUCCUACCUGUUCAAGGUGAAGGCCCAGAGCCAGGAGGGCUGGGGCCCCGAGAGAGAGGGCGUCAUCACCAUCGAGUCUGCAGUGGACCCCCGCAGCCCCCUUAGCCCUGUGCCCGGCUCUCCCUUCACCCUGAGCACCCCCAGUGCCCCAGGACCCCUGAUCUUCACGGCCCUGAGCCCAGACUCCCUGCAGCUCAGCUGGGACAAACCCCGCAAACCCAACGGAGACGUCCUGGGCUACGUGGUGACCUGCGAGCAGCUGCACGGAGGAGGCGACGUGCGUUCCUUCCAGGUCAGCGGGGACAGCUCUGAGACCAGUCUGACGGUUCCAAACCUGACCGAGAACGUUCCCUACAAGUUCAAAGUCCAGGCCAGGACCACCCAGGGCUUCGGUCCAGAGAGAGAGGGCAUCAUCACCAUCGAGUCCCAGGACGGAGGAGCUCUGUCACAGUACAACAGCCAGUCCAUGAGCAGCAGAGAGGUGUUCCAGCUCCCCACACAGGUCACACGCACCAUGAUCAACGAGCCGUUCUUCUCCUCAGACGGGAUGAUGGUGUCCACGCAGCACACAGAGACCAGCGGGAUGGUGACCCGUCAUGUGACCAAAGAGGUGGUGCAGAGGAGCGUGAUGGGCGGCACCUCCGUCACCAAAAAGAUGUACUACGAGUCCUAA